AUGCAAUUAUUGAAACUGGUCGUCUUUCACCUCGUCUUUCUGGCUUUGUGUUGUGCUGAUACUGUGUCUGAGCAAGGGGACUCUGAAUGCAGCAACCGACCGGCGGUGAACGAAGAAGAGGAAGACCUGAAUUUGGAGAUUCUGGGGAACCACGAUGCUGAUCUAGGCGCUUGGCCUUGGCUAGUCAGUGUACAGGUUGCAUCGAAGGAUGGCACUUAUGGUCAUACCUGUGGAGGAUCCGUCAUUGACAAUUACUGGGUGCUGACAGCAGCUCACUGCUUCAAGGCCAAAAUAGCAAACAAUGUGGAGAAAAUUAUGCUGGUAUUUGGACUACAACAGAUCUCGAGGUUUAGUAAAGACACAUACGCCAGGCCAGUUGCAGAGGUCAUCAAGCACGAAAAUUACAAUCCGGACACAGAAUCUAACGAUAUUGCCCUCAUCAAGGUCACUGAUCCCAUUGUGUUCACCGACUAUGUGCAGCCAGUGUGCCUUCAGUACCAGAAACUCGAUAUUGCUGAACUCAAGCCCUGUGUCACUGCCGGUUGGGGCAUGGUGGAGGGGAAAGGUAGACGAAAAGAUGUUUUACAAGAGCAAGAGAUCAGUAUCAUUCCAACAGCUAUCUGUAAUCAGGGUGACUGGUACAAUGGUUCACUGUCUGAUCAAGUCCUGUGCGCUGGAUUUAAAUGGGCUGGACCGGACAGAUGUCAGACAGAUAGCGGAGGCCCAUUGGUCUGUAAAGUGCUCGGAGCAGGAAAAUUCUAUCAACUGGGAGUCACCAACUGGGGCUUAGGCUGUGGUCACAAGGCUCACCCAGGCAUCUACACAUCUGUCCGAAAAUACAUUGAGUGGAUCGAGUGGAAGACGUCAAAGUUGGGUGCAAUGCAAAUGGGAGCUGAGGUUUCUCGCAAGGCAUCGCCAUCAGACAAGAAAAACAGUGCUAUCUGUUCACAAGUUUCCGGCUUUCUCAUGGCAGUUGGCCUGGUGUCUCUCUUUAUGUAA